AUGGAGUACAGGUAUCAAGCAAGCCGUCGUGAUGAGGCCAUCGUGAGACCUGAGGCUCCCCCUCACAAACCUCACCGACUUGGAGAAGACGAGGGUGAUGGACAGCGUCGGUUAGGGGGGGGGGGGGAGAAAGGCCUGGUCAGCUAUGCCAACACACCCAUGUCAGCCCAACAGCGGGACAGCCCUUUUCAGGUUGCCAGCACGCCGGGUCCAUUCGUCUGCCUCGCAGGAUCAGCAGGGUUCGCUGCCAUCCGCGAUGCGGCCAAAACCCACCAGGGAGACGGGCAUGCCGCUCAGCGUGGCAUGGAUGGAUCCCAAGUGUCGAGCAUCUCUGGUCUGUCCUUGGGUCUUUGGGUCUUUGGGGGGGGAGGAGAGGAGAAAGGCUCCCCCCCCCCCCUUGCCUCGCGGCUCGCGGCUCGAGCCUGUCGUUCGUCUGCUGAAGACAGCGCGGAAGCCCGUCGAUUAGUCACCGGCAUCAUCAUGGCCAUCAUCAUCAUGUUUGCGCCUGUCUGA